AUGAACAGAGUAUCUACAAACAAUCGACUCCCCGCACCGGCACUCUUCGUCGGCCCAUCCUCACGCAAUGCCUCCACCGCCUCCCUCCAGCCUCCAGGUGCGGACGCCGGCAAGCCGUCGCGAGCUCCACUCACGCGUCAGCGCUCGCUGCUCGCCCCAGACUCAAAACGACCUCUGCCUCCAACAGCCAGCAACUCAAUCUACGACGGAGAGCAACUCAGCCUCACCUCCUCUAACCCUUCCGCGCCCUUCAUCCGCCGCCAGAAGCAGGCCAAUCAGGCCGCCGACGCGGAAGCAUCAAGUCGUGCAGAGGCAAUAUGGGCGGAGAUGCAGAACACGCUGGAGGAGGUGGAGCUGAGCGCCAUCAAAGGGCCCGGAAUGACUGUGUUCGGAUCGGAGCACACGCGCGCGCUGGACGACCUCCGACGAGCGCAGAUUGACUUGGCCAAGGCAUGGGCGCGGUCUGAGGCAGAGGAGUCGGGCCACGGUGUGGAAGACAAGAAGUCUGCGCAAGGUGCAGAUGCAGCUGACAUGCUCGGCGCGGAUAGGGUAGAUAAGUCAUCCGAGGGCGCAUCUGGAAGGAAAGGCGGUGGCAUCGGUGGGAUGCUGGAGCGAAGCCAGUUGGCGGAGGAAUCGGAAAAAGACAAAGAAUUGAGUCGGAGGAGGAGAGAGGCAAAUGAUCGCUAUUUCGAACAGGUCAACAAAGGGGUUCUCGAGGUAGUCAUGAGAUUAGAGGAGGUGGCUCGGGCGAUGAAAGGGGUAGAGAAGGAGAGUCAAGAAAUCUGGCAUGACAGUGAGAGUGUGGACACUAUGAGUGUUACCACCACAGAGAAUGCGACUUGA